CAUCAAUAACUCGAAUUAGCUUGGAGUAACCUCCAAGAGUUACGACGGUCUUCUUCCUUGCAAACGCUCGCGAAGAUCUCUGAAAUUGGCAUUCACUCCCUCACAGUCUCUACACGACUACACUUGAACGCAAAAACCUGAUCAACGAUGUCGAUCUUCGAGUACAAUGGGAGCGCUCUAAUAGCGAUGGUAGGUAAGAACUGCUUCGCCAUCGCCAGUGAUCGUCGUCUCGGAGUUCAGUUGCAGACCGUCGCCACCGAUUUCCAAAGAAUCCACCAAAUCCACGACCGCCUUUUUCUUGGUCUUUCCGGCCUCGGCACCGAUGCCCAAACUUUGCAUCAACGCCUCGUCUUCCGUCACAAAUUGUACCAGCUGCGAGAAGAGAGGGACAUGAAGCCUGAGACAUUCGCUAGCCUUGUUUCAAGUAUUCUCUAUGAGAAAAGGUUUGGUCCUUAUUUCUGUCAACCUGUAAUUGCUGGAUUGAGUGAUGAAGAUAGGCCCUUCAUUUGCACAAUGGAUUCAAUUGGAGCCAAGGAGCUUGCAAAAGAUUUCGUUGUUGCUGGCACAGCAUCAGAGUCACUAUAUGGAGCAUGCGAAGCAAUGUUCAAGCCUGACAUGGAGCCUGAGGAAUUAUUUGAGGCCGUUUCUCAAGCUCUUCUAUCAUCUGUAGAUCGUGACUGUUUGAGUGGCUGGGGAGGACAUGUAUUUGUUGUUACACCCACUGAAAUAAAGGAAAGACUCUUGAAGGGAAGGAUGGACUAACCUCCCAUGAAGUUGGAAGAAGUUGGAAGAGACAGCACUUCCACGCUGCGCUACAACUGGUUUUUGUGAACUGCGAACCUAGACUUUAUUUAAACGGGACCUUCUCUAUAGUUUACCAUUUUAAGCUGUUAUUCUGUGGUGCUUGAAAUUGUUGUACUCUUGUUAAAUUUGAAAUUGACUUUGACUAGUUCGAUGUUUAAUAUCUAAUUGGCUUUAUCUUGAA